GCAAAGAAAGCACACACGCACAAAGUAGAAUGCCUCAGGAAAGCAGCUAUGGGAAGUGGACAGUAUCCAGCAGCGACGACAGUGAGGAUGACAAGCCUAACACUGACCCGCCGUCCACAUCCUGUGUCUCCCAGGCUGCGCAGGGAGCGCCGAAGGAGCCCCUGUACACCUGCUCAGAGGCCCGCAGGGCCGCACACAAGAGACAGAUCUCACCUGUGAGAUUCAGCAACGCAGACUCGGCGUCAGCCCCCAAGAAGCAGAAGAGAGACUCCCCAGAAAGUCUCGGGUGGUGUCUGUCCAGCAGCGACGAUGAACAGCAGCCAGAGACCCAGCGGGAACGGCCUACGAGGUCGGCAGUUCAAGAGGAGGAACGGGUCUCCUCGCCCGGCAUGACUGCUGCCCAGAAAGUUGUAGAUCUUAGCCCUCCUGCCAGCCCCAGGCCCCAAGGGGCAGACAACGAGUACGAGACCUCAGGGGAAGGCCAGGACAUCUGGGACAUGCUGGAGAAAGGGAACCCCUUCCAGUUUUACCUCACUAGAGUCUCAGGGAUUAAGGCAAAGUACAACUCCAAAGCCCUCCACAUCAAGGAUAUUUUAUCUCCUCUCUUUGGGACACUUGUCUCCUCAGCUCAGUUUAACUACUGCUUUGAUGUGGCCUGGCUUAUAAAACAGUAUCCGGCAGAAUUCAGGAAGAAACCAAUCCUGCUUGUGCACGGUGAUAAGAGAGAAGCCAAGGCACACUUACACGCCCAGGCAAAGCCCUACGCAAACAUUUCCCUCUGCCAGGCGAAGUUGGAUAUUGCAUUUGGAACACACCACACGAAAAUGAUGCUCUUGCUCUACGAAGAAGGCCUCCGAGUCGUCAUCCACACCUCCAACCUCAUCCGGGAAGACUGGCACCAGAAAACCCAAGGGAUAUGGUUGAGCCCUUUGUACCCGCGCAUCAACCAGGGAAACCACACGUCUGGAGAGUCACGCACCCAUUUCAAAGCUGACCUCAUCAGCUAUUUGACAGCGUAUAAUGACCCCUCUCUCCAGGAGUGGAUAGACACCAUCCGAGAGCACGAUCUCUCUGAAACCAAUGUUUACCUUAUUGGUUCAACCCCUGGACGCUUUCAAGGAAGUCACAGAGAUAACUGGGGACAUUUUAGGCUUAGGAAGCUUCUGCAGGCACAUGCCCCAUCUGUACCCAGAGGCGAGUGCUGGCCCAUCGUGGGUCAGUUUUCAAGCAUUGGCUCCCUGGGCCCUGAUGAAUCGAAGUGGCUGUGCUCAGAGUUUAAAGAGAGCUUGCUGGCGCUGAGAGAGGACGGCAGAACUCAAGCAAGAAGUGUGGUUCCUCUUCACCUGAUCUACCCUUCUGUGGAAAACGUGCGGACCAGCUUAGAAGGCUAUCCCGCUGGAGGCUCUCUUCCCUAUAGCAUCCAGACAGCUGAAAAACAGAAUUGGCUGCACUCCUACUUCCACAAGUGGUCAGCAGAGACAUCCGGCCGAAGUAAUGCCAUGCCACAUAUCAAGACAUACAUGAGGCCCUCGCCAAACUUCAGUAAACUAGCUUGGUUCCUUGUCACAAGUGCUAAUCUGUCCAAGGCUGCCUGGGGAGCGUUGGAGAAGAAUGGCACCCAGCUGAUGAUCCGCUCCUACGAACUUGGGGUCCUUUUCCUCCCGUCGGCAUUUGGCCUGGACACCUUCAACGUGAAACAGAAAUUCUUCUCCAGCAGCUGCGAGCCAGCGGCCUCCUUUCCUGUGCCCUAUGACCUGCCCCCACAGCUCUACGGGAAUAAAGAUCGGCCAUGGAUUUGGAACAUUCCUUAUGUCAAAGCACCUGAUACACAUGGGAACAUGUGGGUGCCCUCCUGAGAUGAGGUGCUGUGAAACUUGAGUGCAAGACGUUGGCUGUUCCUGUUUCUACUGACUGGUCACCUCCCAUAGAAUCUUGAACCCAUACAAAACUCUUGGCAAAAGUCAAUGUCAGUUAGGUGUCUGAUGGUCACUGUCAGCAUUCUUAUUUAAAAAGAGCUAUUAUUUUCUUACUUCACUUUUGUAUGUUCUUGAAAUCAAGCUAUUAAACUUCAUAGUGUUUCAAAAUGUC